AUGAAAUGAGGAGCUGAAACAGGACCGACAGAAAGGAUGAAAAUGCUCCGGUUCCGCAGCCCCAGCAUUCGCUCCUUGGAUCAGGAGAUUCUCUGCACGAUCAGGUUACUGGACGACUCCGAGAUCUCCUGCAGCAUCCAGAGAGACACCAAAGGCCAGUUCCUGUUGGAUCAUGUGUGUAACCACUACAACCUCCUGGAGAAGGACUACUUCGGGAUUCGAUACGUGGACCCAGAGAAACAGAGGCACUGGCUGGAGCCCAACAAGCCUGUGGUGAGGCAGAUGAAGUCAGCCCACCAGCCGUACACCAUGUGCUUCCGGGUCAAGUUUUAUCCCCACGAGCCGAUGAAGAUCAAGGAGGAGCUCACCAGAUAUCUUCUGUACCUCCAGUUAAAGAGGGAUAUCUACCAUGGCCGUCUCCUCUGUCCGUUUGCUGAAGCUGCGUAUCUGGGCGCCUGCAUCGUUCAGGCUGAGCUCGGGGAUUAUGACCCAGAGGAGCAUCCGUCAGACUACAUCAGAGACUUCAAGCUGUUUCCAAAACAAUCUCUCAAAUUGGAGAGGAAGAUUAUUGAGAUUCACAAAAAUGAGCUCAGGGGCCAGUGUGCUCCGCUGGCAGAGCUCAACAUGCUCCAAAGGGCCCACAGCCUCGAGACAUAUGGAGUCGACCCUCAUCCCUGCAAGGACUUUACAGGCUCCACGGCCUUCCUUGGGUUCACAGCCACCGGUUUUGUGGUUUUCCAGGGAAACAAGAGGAUCCACCUCCUUAAAUGGGCCGACGUCAGCAAGCUGAAGUUCGAAGGGAAAACCUUUUACGUCAUUGGGAUCCAGAAAGAGAUCUCCUUAACAGGCAGGAUUCACUGUAACAGGAUGAAGAAACUGGUGUUGACAUUUCACACCUCAACCCCUGCUGCGUGUAAGCACUUAUGGAAGUGCGGCGUGGAGAACCAGGCCUUUUACAAAUGUGCAAAGUCGAGUCAGAUAAAGACAGUUUCCAGCAGCAACAUCUUCUUCAAAGGCAGCAGGUUCAGAUACAGUGGAAAAGUAGCCAAGGAGGUGAUUGAAGCCAGCUCUAAGAUUCAGAGAGACCCGCCUGAGGUGCACAGAGCCCAGUUUGGUCAGAGUCGAAGUUAUAACUCCCUGAGCCAUAAAAACCUCAUCAUGAACAUGGAGCCUCUGGUACCUGCGAUGCCCUCUGCCAACGAGUACGAGGAGACUGCCGCCGACAGCGGUGUUGCUGUGAAGGACUCGGCCCCCCUGUCUCCUCUCAAGCCUUCAUCUGCACCUGCAGACGCGGAGCAGCAAAGUGCCGAGAGGCGGACCUCCGCUCCGAGCACCGACCCGCAGCCUCCCCGUGUUUCCACGGACUCCUCAAACCUCCGACCUCAGACGCCCAAAGCUGAAGACGAUGCGGAGGAAGACUAUGAAGUCAGCGGGGCGCUCACCAUCUCCGAGCUUGUCUACAGCCCCUGUGCCAGCAUGCUGCCCACGCCUGUGGACGACAGCCAGGGGGGCGUCGACCUGCUCUUCUCCUCCCCCGUCCAGAGCCCCGCGCGGCUGCUGAGGGAGCUCCACGCGGACCCCGACAUCCAGGCCCGGCUGGAGGCCGAGAGGCAGCGGGACCGGGCCCGCGAGCGCGCCCGCGUGGCCGCGGGGGGCCGCGCGGCCGGCGUCCUGGGCGGCGGCCUGCGCCUGCUCUCCUCCAACCGCAGGGUCAACGCCUGCCUGCUGAGCGUGGCCCGCCUCGUCGCCGUGGCGAUGGGCGUCCUCCUCGUCACCGUGCCGACGCUGCUGCUGCUGCUGGAGUCCGACAUCGACGUGUCGUUCCUCCACGAGAUCCGGCAGACGCCGGAGUUCGAGCAGUUCCACUACGAGUACUACUGCCCGCUGCGCCGCUGGGUCCUGUGUAGGAUCAGCAUGGCCAUGGAGAACCUGUGGUCAGACUGAGGAGCGGGAGUAGAGGUGUGGGGUCACAGCACACAUCCCCCGAUGUCUGUCUUAACAUGUCAUUUAACUUAUCUGCAGUUAUAUAUGAAGAUCCAGAAUGAGGGAUGAAGUGAUUCCCCUGUUUGAAGCACCUCAAAUUCAAAUGAUUCAUGACUAAGUAUUAAGUAGCUGUAGGUUGAUUUAGUGGUAGUUUGUAGGAGAUGCUUCAUGGCCCCCAGAAUGAGAAGGUCUCCUUAUAUGUAGGCUGUUCCCCUUGAAUUACAAUGAAGCCAGUUCAUUUGUUUCACCUCCUUGACAUUAGAAAUGCAUUGUCUUGCAGAUUGCAGAUUUCAAUCAUAAGAUCUAAUGGCUUGUUAAGAUAGACACGUUUCUCAGUGACAACCAGAGAAGACAGAGGAAAACGAGCACCCCUGGUCCGAGCUGAUGGUCUGUUCCCUCCUGAUGCUGGCAGGUUUCUGACUCAGCCUGUCAGUCAUGACGGAGUCACAGAAAGCAACCAUAGCCACAGUCAGAGGUACGUUCGAUAAAUAUAUAUAUUUAAAAACAAAAGAGGAAUAUUGAUAAUUAAUACCAAUGUUACAUAAGUUGUUUUUAAAUUUUUGUACAUUUUUAUGUGAUCCAGAUAUUUCAGGAAUUUUUCAGUCAGAGGAUCCUUUGAGCUUAUUUUGAAACUAAGAGUUUACAAAAGAUUACAAAAAACCUAAUUUAAUGAAGUUCACAGUGGGUGGUGAGAAAUUUAAGCUAUUUUUUAAGGCUGCCGUCCACAUUUGUUGGUUCGGCAGCUCGCUGGGUUUUUUCCUACAAAGGCUAUAGCACAAAACUUUUACACAGACCACAGAUUACAACUGUUUCAGAUUAUGUGAUGUCAUAUUUAAAAAGCUGGAGGCAAAGAGGAGGGAGCCCGUAGCUUGUCUGUGUCCAUAAAACGUGUGUUUUGCUUAACUUUAUGGCAACUUCUGAAGUAAAUGUUAGUUGCUGUAGUUCAUUAAAUAUACUAGUUUAUGCUUCAUUGUGGUUUUAGAAAGUUUUAACACAUGCUGUAAAAGUGCUAAGGGAAAGAAAAGCUCUGAGAAACGUCAUGGAGGGUCAGGGUUGUGGUGGGAGAACGAGGAUGGUGCUGGUGAACAUCUGUGUGAACCUUCAAUGUGAGAUGCUUGGUGCGAUGGUCAGUUACAAAAGGAGAAGCCGCCGGUGUUUUCUGGUCUAUUUAUAUUUGUUGGCAGAGUAGAAGUGAACUCACAGUGAAAGAGCCAAGGGUUCGGCUGCUGUCUGUAAAUCAGUCCCUGAACUGAAGAUCAAACUCCUGGAGCUUGUUAACAUUUUGUGACCGGCCACCGUCAUCGUGUCCUGAAUGAACAGCGACAGACAGAGGAUGAGAAUGAGGGAGAAGAGUGUGAGGAGCUGCUUGAUCUGGAUCCCCUACUCAGGAAAGGGCAUUAGCAGUUUAUGCUCACGUUAACAAAUAUGUGUCUAAAAAUAUCCAGAAAAACAAACAAAAAAAAAUCCAUCAAAUCAGUAUAAACCACACAUUACUCAUUACAUUCAUACCUGUCUUGUUGUUACCAAUAUCCAAACCCUGUAUGUAUUUAAACUGUGUGUGUCGUCGCGUAGAAUCAUUUCACUCCAGCAUGUGAAUAUCCAUGACAUUCUAUUAAAAUCUAAAUACUGGUUGCUGCCGCUGCAGUAGCUGGACCUUCGUAUGACAGCUGGUGCAGAACGUCACCACCGGUAGCAGCAUCCGCCUCGUAGGCCCGAAGGCCUGAAGGCCUGAAGCUCUGCUCCAUCACACGCCUCGCGAUCCCACCGCUUCAUGGGACUAAUGUACGCUAAUGUACGCUAAUGUAAGCUAAUGUAAGCUAAUGCUAACAGUAGAGAGACUUUCAUUUGGGACAAAGCAUUUAUUUUUACUUUUCCUACAUGCACUGAGAUCUGAUGCUGAAACCAACGAAGGGCCAGACCCCCCGCGGUGCCACAGACGUCACUGUGGCGGACGGAGCCGAUGUGAUGCACUGCUAAAAAAUAACGGUUAAAACCACUAGCCCACGCUCGUGGACAGACCCUGGCUUUGAUGCUUCCUUCCUGUAACGCUGACACCCGUCAUCAGCCCCUACCGCUGACCCCUCAAUGCAAACCUGCACGCUGUCAUCUGUAAAUACUGUUUAUAUUUGUGGCACCAAAACACAAAAAAGAAGAUUUCUUACCUCUGUUUGUCUUGUCUGUGUAGCGCUACUACAGUAGAUUUAGGCUUGGCUGUCUUGACCAUAGAUGAACGCAUGCUCUCUGUUCUCAUUAGGAGGAAGAAGCAGAGAUUUGGAGUCUUUGUGUUAUGUUUACUAGAACAUUUAGGAUCCAAACACGUCUCGCUUUGUGCUUUGCGUCUCAUUUUAAUGGGUGAUUGAUGAGACGUGGCUGCUGUCAGAAACUAAUCGCAACCUCUUCGUGGCUGCAUUCGGUGAACUCUAUUGAGCUUUCUUUGGCGUUAGCUCAUGAUGCUAAGCGUUAGACAAAGGAGCAUGCUGCCGUGUUCGUCAUUCAUCACUGCGAACGAGGCCCCGUGGGUUCUGCCGGGAGACGGAGCCCCGGCGCCUCCACUCUGUAGCAUUCUAUCAGCGUGUAGCAGCGGGUUUAAAGGGAUCGGACGCCCUUUGAGGUUUAGCUCUUGUUUUGAGCUGCUGGACUUUAGCAUUCAGAUGGGAAACUGUGAUGCUCACACACCAGGUGAUGUCACCUCUGAGGUACUUAAUACAAACCCAGACGUUCCUGUCGCGAGUCAAGUAUUUGCAAACCUUCAGUUUAAUUAUUUAUCGUUUAAUUAUCUGUACGAUUACAACUGCUUUAUAGAUGACUGGAAAUCAGAACUGUUCAAACAAAUAUGCUUCAAUAUUUGAACUCAGGUCUACUAUAUGCAAAUCUACUGGACAUCACACGGUAUGAGGAAAAUUACCUGUUGUUUAAUAUUUGAUUUCUUUGUUUUGUGGGCAUGUACAGUCGCAAUUUCUCUUGCACAGUCACUUUGUUGUUUUUUAUUGUUAUUUAGACUGAUUGUUUAGUUGUUUUCUUAAAUAGUCUGUUAUUUAUUUGUCACUCGGUCUCUUUUAAUAAGAAACUCUGGGAGAUUUAAAAGAAAAAGAAAAAGUAAUGACCCCCUCUCUUCUGGGACAACCAAGCCUUAUGAACUUUGUGAAGUGAAUAUUUUGAAUGUUUGUAUGUUAUUAAAGAAACUGAGGAUUGUUUUAUAUGUUAAUACUGCCACAAUAAAGCUCCCCAAUGAAUAUAUUAAAA